AUGGUACUCUUGUAUGUAGGUCAUGAAGAUGGUCCAUCUUACAUAUCCUAUGCAGUGAAUCUACUACUAAAGUCCAUCGACCGAAUUGAGAAUGGGCUGGAAGUUAGAAAGUGGGACACUGUAGCAAACGCAUUUGGAGAAGCUGCUGAGAAUCUACUGAAACUAGAUGAUAGAGCAGCAGUUGGUUUACACAAUUACAUUAUCGAGCCUGCUGAAAGAGGAGGUGAUGUAAAAGACAAACUCGGUGCUUUUAUGCCAAAAGAGAAGGAAGAGCAGGAUGGUGAAUUAGUUGACUCCUAUCUCAAAAUGGCCGAAGGCAAAACCGAAGAAGAGGUCUACGAUGAAUAUAAAACGAUCGUCCAAAAACGGAAUGAAUGGAGCGCGAUUCUGAUGAGAGAGAUUGAUAACUACAAACAAAAAGGUGUAAAGCGAGAAGGAGUGUAACAAAUAUGUUGAUAAUAUGUGUGUUA